ACACUAAUCAAGCACUACUCAGCCGCAAGGGUCGGACGAGUAAAUCUACGUAGAAUGAACGUGAUCCGAGAGAUUGGUAGGAUCAACGAGCGAGAGCUGGAUCUGGGUGGAGAUGGAGUCUCGGCCAGUUGGCAUGACGAUUACAAAGAAUCCGCAUACGUGUUUGUCGGAGGCCUGCCCUACAACCUGACGGAAGGAGAUGUCAUCACGAUCUUCUCUCAGUUCGGGGAGAUUGUCGAUAUCAACAUGCCGAGGGACAGGGAAACGCACAAAGCCAAGGGGUUCUCAUUCUUGAUGUACGAGGAUCAGCGGUCGACCGUUCUCGCCGUGGACAACAUGAACGGAGCCAAGGUUCUCGGGCGGACUGUCAGGGUCGAUCAUGUCAGGAGCUAUAAGCAUCCGGACAAGACGAAUGCGGAGGGAGAACGGGUGGAGGCUGAAGAACCGACGUACAACGCGAUGCCACCGCUGAUCGGAGGUGAUGACGACUCUGACGACUCAUCCGACUCUGACGCUCGAAAUUCCGCUGACGAUGAGGACCCGAUGGCGGCUUAUAUCCGAGCACAAAAGCGAGAGCAAAAGAAGGCUAGAAAAGAGAAAAAAGGCAAGGGCAAGGAGAAAGACGAGAAGAAGAAGCGGAAACACGAAGGAGAAACCAAGGAAGAGCGCGCGGCUAGGAAGAGGGAAAAGAGGGAGAAGAAGGAAGGCAAGAGGGUCCUCAAGUUGGAGGAUGGCGGGAAGGAGCGGUCAGAGGGCAAGGGGCGCGUGAAGAGGGAGUCUGAAGGCAGAAGGAGCAUCAAGAGGGAGUCUGAGGAUAGGGGUUCUGCUUCACGCCAUCGAGACGAAUCGAAGGAUCGAGAAAGGCGAUACCGGGAUGCUUCCCCCUCUCGCCGUUCACCACCACCUGUAGCCCGAAGACGAUCACCGGACAUCGCCGUCAAGACGGAGCCCCAAGAGGAUUGGCGGGCUGGAAGGCAAGAUACUCUAGGUCGACAAGAUCGAUCAGACUCUGCUCGCGAUCGAGAUAUGGACAGGGACCGGUCUUAUCGACAACGAGAUGCUGACCGAACGAUGCGGCAGAUGGAUCGGUCGAGGGGCGAUGAUCGAGUGGGUGACACUCGACGUCUCGAUGGGGACCGCAGGCCAGACGAUCGGUAUAGAGAGUACGGUCGGGAAGCUCGAUAUGACGGUCGACCAUCUUAUCGUUAGCUCGAAUGUUGUACGAGUAAUUUGACAGACAAGACGGUAGAAGACCUAUAUAUCUGACCGAAUGCGUCGUUUUG